AUGCAGAUAGUACAAAACUACAACUCCCAGCAUGCCCAGAAUGUCUUCGGCUGUGUGGGCAUGCUGGGAGUUGUAGUUUUGGAACAGCUGGAUGUACCCUGCUUGGGAAACACUGCAGUAUAUAUAUAUCCAAGGCAGCACAACCCAGAGGCUCCAAUUCUGAGAAGGAAACAGGCAGCCGACCAAUGUCCGAGAAUGAGCAACAUGCACCGAAGAGACCUGUUGCUUCCUACUCCUCCUACUCGGCUAUUCCAACCUCCUCCUCCUGCUGUUCGGCUAAAGCCACCUCCUCCUCCUCCUGCUUUUCGGCUAAACCCACUUCCUCCACCAGUGACCACUGCAACACCAGCAAAUCCUGAGAAAGACCCAGAGAUCUGUCUUUCUAAUCUUUGGAAACACUGCAAAUUAGAAGGGCAUUGCCCGGACAUGCAUUACUACCUGCCGUACCGCUGGCAGAUUAACAAAGGAACCAACUGGGAAGAUAUCCCCAAUAUGGAGGAGAUUGAGAAAUGCUACUGCGACCCAACGAUUGACAGAGUUCAGUCUAUUGAUUUUCUGACUAUGAGAUCUGGCGUGCACCGCGUUCGUCGCCUCUCCACCGUCUCAUCGGUCAUGAAGCCGCCUGAGUAUGUCCUGACCACCGAGUGGCUGUGGUACUGGAAGGAUAAUUAUGACAUUUGGACACUUUAUGGCCAUUCUAAUGAUGUGAUAAAUGUGAACUCUUCUGUGUACUCUUCAGACCUGGAGAACAUCUAUCUCAAUGAUCCCACCACAGUCAUUCCUUUCAUCGUGUUCAUCCACUGCUAUGAAAUGAACUUCCGAGAAAUGAAGCAGAAGAAUGUUCGGUCCAAAAGGAAGAGAGACGCGCUCAGGAGACCAAAAUAUCAAAGUUUUGAAGAUGUGAACUUACUGAGAGGAAGAACAAAAUCAUCAGCUCCCCAGGCCCCCGUGAAGACAGCACCCCCCCCCCCUGAAGACAGCAACGCCCCCCUGAAGACAGCACCGCCCCCUCCGAAGACUGACAUCUACCCGAGUACAUGGGACACUUCAGCCCUACCGGAGAUCGGCUGUCAGAAAGUUCCGGUCUCUGACACGUCCAGCGAGUUCUCAGAAAUUGUCAGCAGCUUCACCAAGACAGUCAGCGGGCAUGUGGUGAAGAAGCUGUGGCGUCUCCAGAACCCGUCUCUGUGGCAGGUGUUCCAGUGGCAAAAGGAACAGAUGAAAAAAAUAAAUCAGGGACAAGAAGUGAAGGAAAUGCGACUGUUUCACGGCACAGACACGGCACACAUAGUCGCCAUCUGUAAUCAGAACUUUGACUGGCGUCUCUGCGGCACCCAUGGCACUGCUUAUGGACAAGGAAGUUACUUUGCCAGAGACGCCUCGUACGCCCACAAAUACUCCUCUAAGGCUCCUGAUGGGACGCAGUCGAUGUUCGUGGCUCGUGUGCUGGUGGGAGACUUCACCAUAGGAAACCAACAAAUGAAGCGCCCACCGCAGAGACCCGGCAGCACCACGGAGUAUUAUGACUCCUGCGUGGACAACAUCACCGAUCCCUCCAUCUUUGUGGUGUUUGAGAAACAUCAGAUCUUUCCCGAGUAUCUUCUGGAAUACUAACCGCAGGAUGAGUCCCGCGUUAUCUGCCGAAACACCAAGAGUAGCACAAAUAGUAAUACAAGGAGGAGUGAAACCAAAAUGUCUCCCAGAAAUUAUAUCACACAGCGACUUCUACAAAAAUAAUUAAAGGGGAUCUGUCGUGAAUAUCAUCCACUUUAAGCUGCUGGUACCGGCUUAGUGAGUGAUAGUAACAAUACUUACCAUCCGCAGAUCGGAGUCUCAGUCCAUCUGUUAUGCUUGUUGUUCCAUUUAUGCAAAUUUCUAAGCCUCUUAAUGCACAAUUUUGUUACCUUUGACUUUUUGUUGCGUGCUUUUGUGGGUAACAGCAAUACCUUCUGGCCAGCAACGUAUCCUGAGCACGAGGACACAAGAAAUAUCACCUUUGACAUUUUAGACAUAUGACAUUUGUAUGGACUGUGUGGUUGUGUUAGAUUCCUACUGUACAUGACUUUAUGUGUACUUAUGACUAUGUGUAGUACACGACUUCACUGUGGACUGUACAUGAUGCUGGUGAUGGGUUGAAAUGUUGCUUCUCCUGAUUAGUUCAGGACAACCUCUACAAGACAUCAGAGAAUACUGUAUACUAUGACUUUUUGGUGUACAACAAAUUAUAUACAUUUUUAUUAUACUACAACAAUUAUAAUGCAGGUGGAGACAAAAAAUGGGUAACAGUCCUACUAGGCUAGGGUGAGAGAUAAGGAAAAGAACAGAAGAAAAAAUGCAAAGAGUAAUGAAAUAAACAAAAGAGAAUAAGAGAGAGAGUUUACAAAUUAAAAUAGCAUUUAUUUAAAUAAAGUUAGUGGAGUGAGGUCCUUAGCAGGGACUUAGGCGCUACAAGUGCUGCAAAUAUGGAUAUUUCCUCCGCAACUGGAGAUGGAUUGUGUAUAGUCAAUAGUAGAGAUGAGCGAAUCGAAGCAGACAAACCCAAAUUCAUUACAAAUUUCAGGAUUUCUUCGAUCCCCAACGAAUGCGAAUAUUGCCGCGAUUCUGUCGCGCAAAUCGCUUCAUUAAACUCCAAGGCUCCAGGACACCUAAAAAUACAGAUCCACAUGUCAGUACAUGGGGCAGGGGAUGUUGGGAAGGCGCGAAUGCGAGACGGGAAGCGAGGUAGGCGUGAUGACCCUGAAUCACAUGCGAGAUGCAGCCUAUCAUCAUUCAUUGACUCCUGUGAUGUCACAGCCCUAUAUAAUCGGCAGCCAUUUUGCGGCUGCUCAUUUCAUGCCAUUCACUGCAGAGGGAUAGGACGGCUUUGUGUCUCUGUGUGUGUUACACAGAGACGCUGAAUUGAUUAUACCGCAGCGUUCCACUGCCAACUGCUAGUCACAGCAGCGUUGUGGACAGAGCGAAGUGCAGUGCUUUGCUUGUUCCCACUGAGAAGGAUUUUGACGCCAUAAACCUCCCAGUCACUUUAUUCAGCAUUUUAUCAGAGAGGGGCCGAUAGCUUUUUGUUGCCUCAUACAUAUCAAAAAGCUGCCUGAACUUAAUGAACCGUAUCACAGGAGACAGGAAAGAUUUUUCAGUGCAAUUCUGUGUAUUUUUUCCACAAGAAAUCAUCUGCUGCUUAUACUAGUCUGUAGACGGUAUAAUAACCAGCAAUUCACACCAUUCCUAACACUGUGCAAUUUUUGUGGUGCUGCACUGUUGUGUCCUGCUGCCGUGCAAAAAUAAGUUUUUUGAGCGGACUGUAGUGCAUUUGUCUGCCCUCAUACGUGCAUACCACAAACCUUCAUCAAAGCAGUCUACUAUUUUGUAUCUGUAAAUCUGUAAGAAGUCUAGAUACUGGGAAAGUCCAUGCAAAAGUAAUUACCAGCUGGUGUUUUACAAAAAUACAGAGUUUUUAGGCUCAUUGUAGCGCAUUUUACUGCCCUCAUAUGUGCAUACCACAUACCGACAUCAAAGCAGUCUACUAUUUAGUAUCUGUAAAUCUGUAACAAGUCUAGAUACUGGGAAAGGACAGGGAAAACUAAUCACUGACUGUUGUUUUAUGAAAAUACAUUUUCCAAGUGUACUGUAGCGCAUUUUUAGCUCCCGGUGUCAGCUAGCAGUCGUGUCGCGACCAGCAACCCAGCAGCCGUGAUUGAUCGGUUAACUCGGUCAUCCACUUUCUCUCAAGUGACAUUCGACACCCCCAGUCAACAGUCAGUGGGUUCCUCACACUCAACCCUCAGUUGGCAUGGCCCUCAUGCUGCUGCUGCCACCUCCAGGCUCUGCCAUUGUGCUGCUCUAUGGUCUCCUCAUGCUAUUGCUACCACCUCCAGGCUCUGUCAUUGUGCCACAAUAUGGUCUCUACAUGCUAAUGCUGCCACCUCCAGGCUCUCUCAUUCUGCUGCUCUAUGGUCUCCUCAUGCUAAUGCUACCACCUCCAUGCUUUGUCAUUGUGCCACCAUAUGGUCUCCUCAUGCUGAUGCUACCACCUACAGGCUCUGCAGUUGUGCCACCAUAUGGUCUCCUCAUGCUGAUGCUACCACCUCCAGGCACUGUCAUUGUGCCACCAUAUGGUCUCCUCAUGCUGAUGCUACCACCUCCAGGCUCUCUCAUUGUGCUGCCAUGGAUACUGCAAAACAUAAUUAAGGUGCUGGUCCCAAGUUUCAGAAAUUCCUUGCAUUAGAGUCACUUUCAGGACUCCUGAGGUCACCUCCAGGCUGUGCCAUUUAGCCACUAUAUGGUAUCCUCAUGCUUCAGCCAUCUCCAGGUUGUGCCAUUCAGACAAUAUAUUGUUUUCUGAUGCUGCUGGCACUGCUGUUUUGGAUAUUACCUAUUUGGAUUUUUUAUGGUAUCACUA